UAUACCAACAUUUCCCAAGGACUUUGAAUUCGACAUUGAGAUGUUAGUCCUGUUAUGGAUAGCUGAGGGUUUUGUGCAGCAGCCAGAGGGGGGAAAAGAAAUGGAAGCUACUGCACGCAGCUACUUCUUUGAUCUACUAUCAAGGUCAUUCUUUCAACAAUCUAGUGUGGACAAAUCACAGUAUCUAAUGCAUGACCUUAUCCAUGAUCUAGCUCAGUUUAUUUCUGGAAAAGUAUUUCUCAGGUUGGAGGACAAGGCAGAGGUUGUCAAGCAAUCCAAUAUAUAUGAAAAAGCUCGCCACUUUUCCUACAUCCGUGGAGACACUGAUGUCUAUGUGAAGUUUAAGCCACUUAGCAAAGUCAAGUGCUUGCGCACCUUCCUCUCAUUAGAUCCAUUACAUGGAUUUAACAUAUAUUGUUUGACCAAAAAGGUUCCAGAGGAUUUAUUACCAGAAUUAAGGUUCUUGCGGGUGCUAUGGCUGAGUGGCUAUGAGAUCACUAAAUUACCAGAUUCUAUUGGCAGUCUCAAACAUCUCCGGUACCUCAAUCUCUCUUACAGUUCAAUCAAAGAGUUACCUGAGUCAACAAGCACUGUCUACAACUUGCAGACGCUACUGCUAAAAUGUCGUCAUCUUAUUAAGCUGCCAAUGGACUUGAAGAAUCUGACUAAUUUACGACACCUCAAUAUUGAGACGAGUGACUUGCAAAUGAUGCCCCUUGAAAUGGGAAAACUGACAAGCCUCCAAACAUUGUCUAAUUUUGUUGUGGGCAAAGGUAGGGGGUCAGGAAUAGGACAGCUUAAAAGCUUAUCGAAUCUCAGGGGAAAACUCUCCAUUUCAGGGUUGCAGAAUGUUGUCAAUGUCAGGGAUGCUAUUGAGGCCAAGUUAGAGGAUAAGGAGUACCUUGAAAAGUUAGUUUUAGAAUGGAUUGGCAUAUUUGAUAGUACAAGAGAUGAGAAAGUGGAAAAUGAGAUAUUUGACAUGCUACAACCUCAUGAGAACUUGAAAAAUCUCUCUAUUGAAUACUAUGGUGGUACAGAAUUUCCAAGUUGGGUGGGAGAUCCAUCCUUCAGUAUGAUGGAGUACCUGAAUCUCAAGGGUUGCAAAAAAUGUAUAUCCUUACCAUCGCUUGGCCAACUACCAUUGCUUAAGGAGUUAAUCAUUGAAGGAAUGGAUGGUAUAAAGCAUGUUGGUCCUCAGUUUUAUGGGGAUGAUUACUCUUCAAUUGAUCCUUUUCAAUCAUUGGAGACGCUGAAGUUUGAGAAUAUGAAAGAAUGGGAGGAAUGGUCUUCUUUUGGAGAUGGAGGAGUUGAAGGAUUCCCUUGCCUUCGUGAGCUUUCUACAUUUAGAUGUCCAAAGUUGACAAGGUUCUCACACCGAUUUUCUUCCUUAGAAAAACUGCGUAUUGAGCUGUGUGAAGAACUUGCUGCUUUUUCAAGGCUUCCUUCACCUGAAAACUUGGAGUCUGAAGAUUUUCCUCACCUUCGUGUGCUCAAACUAGUACGUUGCCCCAAGUUGAGUAAACUACCGAAUUACCUUCCAUCAUUGGAAGGAGUUUGGAUAGAUGAUUGUGAGAAAUUGGCUGUACUACCAAAGCUUGUGAAGCUCUUGAAUUUGGACUUGUUGGGUUCUAAUGUGGAGAUUCUUGGAACUAUGGUUGAUCUUAGGUCACUAACCUUUUUGCAGAUAAAUCAAAUUUCAACACUCAAAAUUUUUCCUGAAGGUUUCAUGCAACAGUCUGCAAAACUUGAAGAACUAAAGAUUGUUAAUUGUGGUGAUCUUGUAGCUUUGUCGAAUCAGCAGUUGGGAUUAGCACACCUUGCUUCUCUUAGACGCUUGACAAUCUCUGGGUGUCCUAAACUUGUUGCUUUGCCAGAUGAAGUGAACAAGAUGCCUCCUAGACUAGAAUCUUUGGAUAUAAAAGACUGUCAUAACCUGGAGAAACUGCCAGAUGAACUUUUCAAGCUCGAGUCUCUUAGUGAGUUGCGAGUGGAAGGGUGUCAAAAACUUGAGUCCUUUCCUGAUAUGGGAUUGCCAUCCAAGCUUAAACGUCUCGUGAUCCAAAACUGUGGUGCAAUGAAGGCCAUUCAAGAUGGAAAUUUACGGAACAACACCUCUCUUGAGUUUCUGGAGAUCCGUUCAUGUUCUUCCCUUGUGUCAGUUCUUGAAGGAGGCAUUCCCAUCACACUCAAAUAUAUGAGGAUUUCUUACUGCAGAAGUCUGAAGUCGCUGCCUGUGGAGAUGAUGAACAAUGACAUGUCUCUUGAGUACUUGGAGAUAGAAGCUUGUGCUUCACUUUUGUCCUUUCCAGCAGGCGAGUUACCCAAAUCUCUUAAGCGUCUUGAGAUUAGUAUUUGUGGUAAUUUUCUUUCAUUACCUUCAAGCCUUCUGAACCUAGUGCAUCUUGAUUUCUUACACCUAGAAGAUUGCCCUCUUCUUGAGUAUUUUCCAAAUACUGGGUUGCCUACCCGUAACCUAAGAGAGCUCACUAUUUGUAAAUGUGAGAAGCUCAAGUCCUUGCCCAAUCGGUUUCACAACCUCAAAUCUCUUCAAAAAUUGGCCAUAUCUGGUUGUCCAAGUCUUGUAUCCCUACCAAAACAGGGGUUGCCCACCAACCUAAUAUCGCUUGAGAUUACUCAUUGCGAGAAACUCAAUCCCAUUGAUGAGUGGAAACUGCACAAACUUACCACUCUUAGAACUUUCUCGAUUGGGGGAAUCCCAGGUCUGGUGUCAUUUUCAAAUACAUAUCUUCUUCCUGACUCCAUAACCUUUCUUCGCAUCCUAGAACUCCCAGACCUCCUAUCAAUAUCAGAAGGGCUGCAAAAUCUCACCUCACUUGAAACUCUGAUGAUUAGAGACUGCGAUAAGCUCCAAUAUUUGCCAAAGGAGGGGCUUCCAGCCACACUUUCUUCUCUAACAAUUAAGAACUGCCCUCUGCUACAAUCACGCUGUAAACAGGACACUGGAGAGGAUUGGUCCAAAAUUAUGGACAUUCCUGAUGUAGUUCUAUUUUAAAGGCAUGGAGAUCCUUGACCAAGUUCUAGUGAAGUUCUUUCACACUGGAGGUAGAGAAAUUCUGUCAGGCUGCUUUUCUGGAAGCACUCAUGUUACAUUCCUUGAGAAGGUACCUUUUUCUUGAGUCCAAAGGUGAUGAUGGUCUUCACAAAUGGGUAGCCUGAUUUCAAAACCACAAACACCCAAUCCCAGAUCAGAAGCCAGGCUUGGGUCCCAAAUCUCUCGUACAACCUCUGAAGACUUCAUAAACAGGCUAGCUGGCAACUUCUCAAAGGGAUGAUUGUGCCUAUGCAUGUAACAAACUACUUUUGGAGAACAAUCCAAGGAUGAACAUACAUGGGAGUUGGGAGUUGGGAGUUUACAAAGUUGUAGAAGAUCAGUGUGGAGGUGAACUUUUGAAUUGUUAAUGGUCUCUCCUAAACUGUACCCUAGUAUGAUGCUGCCACAAGGGAAAGAGGAAUUGAACUAGAGCAUGUUAUGCCCCGUCCUUGUUCAUCAAUAUUUAUCACCAUCCUAAUCUAGCAUUCCACCAAAAGAUACAAGUGCUUGUACUUCAUGUUACCUUUUGGUGCUUGGUAGCUUUUCUAUGUAUUGGAAUUGGACAUUUAUCAAUCUAUACAUCAACUGCCAUGAGCUAUCAACAUCAGAA